CCCGACUGCGCCGCCACCCUCCGCCCACCGCGAGCGGCUCCGCACGGCCGCGGGGCAGCGCCAUGGGCGCCGGCAGCUCCGCUGAACCGCCCGCCCCGCAGGACGGGGCCGGGGCCGCCGCCGAACCCCCUCGCACGCCCCCGGAGCCGCUCUCGGCAGAGGAAGCGGCGGAGCCCCAGCCGGCGGCGGAGCCCGCCAAGGUUUUACAUGCAAGUCUCCCAGUACCUGAUGUCAGUGAAGGCAGUUCAGAGCGUGAUGCCUCACCACAGGAGCUACAGCAAGCAGGAGGUGUUACAGCACCUCAGAAGCUGGAUGGGCAGCAGCUGGGGGCGGCUCCAACCCUCCAAGAACCGCCUGAAGAGCAAGCAGAGCCUGCUGAAACAACUGUUGGACAGACGGAACAUUCCAGUGUAACUUUGAAGGACAACACUGGAACUAUGGAGACGAGUCCAUCUGACUCAAAUGCCAGGGAUGGUGUAGAUGCGGAGAAAGAGGAUGCUCAUACAGUUAAUCAGUUGGAAGAAGACACGGAGGACCUUGACCAUGCAUCUGAGCCACAAUCUUAUGAUCUGGGUUUUAAAAAGGUUUUUAAAUUUGUUGGAUUCAGAUUCACAGUAAAGAAGGAAAAGACAGGAAAAUCGGAACCAGUUCAACUUCUUACUGUAAAAAAAGAAACAGAAGUCCUUGAAGGAGCUGAUGAUCAAAAAGAAGUCAGCUCAGAAGAAACAGCAGUGCCUGAGGAUGCACGCUCUGCAGAAGAUAACACCAAAGACACACUGAAAAAUGAAAAAACGGAAGAUGAAUCUCCUAAAACACCAGAAGCAAAUGAGAUUUGUUCUCAGUCAACUGCCUUAGCCACUGAUACUGCAUCACCCUUAAGAAAAUUUUUUACUCAGGGAUGGACUGGGUUUAGAAAAAAGAAGAGCUUUAGAAAGCCUAAGGAAGAUGAACUACAGUCUCCUACAAAAGAAGAGGAGCAAGAAAAGGAGGGAGCCACAUUAAAAACUGAAAACAGUGAAAAGGAGGAGAAAUCUGAGUGUGAGAAGCAAGGUGAAGAGAAGAAUGUGACAGCAGUAACUAUUGAAGUGCAUGAGAAGGAGCAAACUGAAGGUGAAAAACAAACAUCAAAAAAGAUUGUGGCAGCCAUAGAAGUUGAAGGAUGUGAGAAGGAAGAGCUAAUCAAGCAUGAUGAUCAGGGACAAAAAGAGGAUGUAGAGGCAGCAGCUGUUAAAGAAAGUGUGAAGGAGAAAAAAACUGAAGAUGAUAAUGAAGAAAGGAAACUGUUGGAAGUCUCAGAAGAUCUUGGUAAAAAGGAAGAAAAAACUGAAGAGAAAGAAAGUGAGGUGACAGAGAAACUGCUAAAAGCAGUGCCUGUGGUACCUGUUAUCACUGAUAGUGUGAAUGGAGAAUUGGAAACAUCCUCAGAACUGCCUGAGGUAAAAGAAACAGAGUCAUCUGGAGUCAAGCAUGAAAUACAGGAGAGAACUGAAAUAUCCUCUGAAGAGAAACUUGAAGCAGGAUCUUUGGCAAUUAAAAUUUCUGGUGAACAGCUUAAAAAGUCUGAAGGAAGGGAAGAAAGUAAACCUGCUCCACUGGCGAAAGAAAUAUUUGAUGAAAAAACAGAGGAAGCAGAAUUGAAAAUUUCACCUACAUCAGAAGGCAUCACUGGAAAGUUAGACACACAAGGAGAAGCUCAAGAUAAAACCACAGAGAAGAAAGAAAGUGAAGAACAUGAGACAAAAUUGACUUCAGGUGCUUCUGGAUUGAAGCCCUUUUCUACUUCUGAACGUUCAGUUGACACAGAGGAUGAUCAACAGUCAAUCAAGCCCAUUGAUGAAGGUCUACAGGGAAAAACUGGCAUAGUUACAACUGAGCCUGUCAAACCAGAUGAAAUAACCACAGAAAUAACUCCUGAAGAAGCAUCUGGAAAGAGGCCUCCAGAAGGUAUCACAAAUGAAGCUGAACUACUGUCUUCUCAAGAAAAAACUAAAAUACAAGGUAGCCCUUUAAAGAAACUCUUUACGGGUACUGGAUUAAAAAAACUGUCUGGAAAAAAGCAUAAAGGCAAAAGAGAAGAGUCUAAGUUAGGAGAACAGGGAGAACCAACUCAGCACUUAUCAGAUUCCCCAGAUAGCCCAGAGGAACAAAAGGGGGAGAGUUCUGCUUCUUCUCCUGAGGAGACAAAUGAAAUUCCUUCUUUAGAAAAAUCUGUAGAUGGAGUACAGGUCACUGAAAAUGAAGAUUCUGCAGUUUCAGAUGUGGAGCGAAAAAGAGAAAGUGUUACACCCUGGGCAUCGUUUAAAAAGAUGGUAACUCCCAAGAAACGUGUCAGAAGACCUUCUGAAAGCGAUAAGGAAGAAGAAGUUGAUAAGACAAAGAGUGCUUCGGUGACUGCAACUGAAAACACUGUUGAUGAAAAUCAGGGAGAAUUAAAAGAAAAUGGGAUUGACCAGAAACCAGAGAAAGCCACAGAAGAGCCCAAAAGAAAGGUUGACACCUCUGUGUCCUGGGAAGCUUUUAUAUGUGUAGGUUCUUCAAAGAAACGAGCGAGGAAAUCAUCCUCAUCUGAUGAAGAAACUGAACAUAAGCUUGGUCAGGAAAGCCAAAAAGUAGAAGAAUCUGGACACAGCAAAGAAGCAACAACAGAUGCACUUCUUACUAGUUCUCAGGAGAGUGAUCAAGGACAAGGGAAUUCUUCUCCAGAACAAGCUGGAAGCCCAUCUGAGGGUGAAGGAAUUUCAACGUGGGAAUCAUUUAAAAGGUUAGUCACUCCAAGAAGGAAAUCCAAAACCAGAAUGGAAGAGAGAACUGAAGACUCUGUUGUGGGAUCUAGCCUGGAGCAUUCAACAUCUGAUGGUGAGCCUGGAAAAGAUGAGUCUUGGGUUCCAUUUAGAAAACUGAUGACUGGGCGGAGGAAGAAAAAGUCAGAUGGGAAGCUAGAACCAACUAAUCUUAAACAAGCACGGGAAGACAUGGCAGAAACAACUGAAGAAGAUUCAGAUAUUCCAGCUGUUGUUCCUUUAUCUGAAUACGAAGCAGCAGAGCAGGAUAAAAUAGAAGCCCAAGAAGCAAAAAAUGCUGAAGUGAUGAGAGAGCAAACCUCAGAGCAAGAGAGAGCAGAAAAAUUAGAGGAGACUCUAAGAAUUGAGCAGGCACAUGAAGGGCUGGUGCAUGCAGUUACUGUUACUGUUGUGGAAGGGGAAAGGGCGGUUACCAGUAUUGAAGAAAGGUCACCAUCUUGGAUAUCUGCUGCUCUGACAGAGUGCAUUGAGCAAGCAGCAGAAGAGGAAGAGAAAGAAAGUGAGAAAACGUUUGGAUCGGAUGUUGUUGUGGAAGAAGCAGUGACGGCUGCUAAGACAGUGCCAGACACAAGAAAGGAUUUAAGUGAUGACACCACAGCAAGUGAGUUAGAGCCAACCUCAGAAGCAGUGACAGCUCUGGAAGAGACUGCAGAAGCUUCUGGUGCUGAAGAAACAGUAGAAGUGUCCCUUGCUGAGGAGACAACUGAGAUGGUUUCUGCUGUUUCACAGUUGAUAGAAACUCCAGAUACUACAGAGGAAGUUACACCUGUCCAAGAAGUAGAGGCCACUGAACAAAACUUGAAAGAAUUGGACAAACAGACACAACAGGUUCUUCACGAAGUUGCUGAAAGAGUAAAGUUAGUAGAUACAGCCCAGCUGGUUAGUGAAAGAACCACAACAGCAACUGCAAUUACAACAGUGCAAGGAAUUGGGUCAGAAGUGAAAGAUGAUGCUAAAGGAGGAGAAAUUUUAGUCCAGGAAGCUGUUUUGCCUGAACAGUCCUUGAAAAAAGAACACAAGGAGGAUGACCUCCAGUCCCUGGGAGUUGCAGGAAGCAUUCAGGGCCAAGAUGGAGUUGAAGAGAGUGUCCUACAAGAAAGUUCAGAGAGGAGUGAAGUACCUUCUGCAAUAGAGGAAAGCACAGAAGGAUGUGAAAACGUGGGUAUCGUAAGAGAUGAAAGCCAGUGGCAGGUAUGUGAAGAACCAGUUGUAGAAGACCAUGAAGAAAUACCUGAGGCUCAGAAGACAGCAGAGGAACCUUCAUCACAAGACAGGGACUUUAACAUAAUCAAAGCAGUCACUCCCAAGGAAGAGCUGUUUGCAAAGCAGGAGCCUUCAGAAGAGAAGCUGCCCACAACAGAUUUGACAGUAGAUGAGGCAAGAGAUGAAUGUAUUCCAGAAGCGCAGGCUGCAGUGCAGGACAAGACAGAGGGAGAAACCUCUACUUUGGGGCUUACAGCUGAAGAUUCUGUGCAGCUUGUAAGAGAAGACAAAACCCUCACUGUGGGACCAGAGUGUACAGGAGGAGCUGAAACUGUGAUUCUUGCGAAGUCUGAAAGACAAGAUGAAAUUCCUCACUUUGACUCACAAGAGCAAGCUUGUGCUAAAGGAGUUCCAAGCAGGGCACCAGCCCGAAGAGAGGAAGAGGAAGAAGACACUGUGCUUCGUAGAGUUAAAAGCACAGAAGUUGCUGUUUCUGAGGUUCCUCUGCAGAAUGAGGUAGAAACCCCUGCCCUUCCUUCAGAAACAAUUGGCUCAGAAGCAGCUGCAGAUGCUGAGCAGAGUGUGAGGGAUGAGGCUGACAGGCAGAUCAUAGCAAAAGAUUCUGCGCUUGUGCUACAGCCACAAAGCGGAGAAAAAACUACUAAAACCCCCUCCCAGAGUGAUGAAAACCAAGGUGGCAAAAUGGAAGAUGCUCUGCUCGAAACCGAAACACACUUAGACAGCAAUACCAUGAUCAGUGAGGCUCCCACACAGGUUGAAGCAGACAGCAUAUCUAAUUUAGCAUCAACAAGCCCAGAUAUCACUGAAAAUGGAAGCACUGUCCUCACUGACAUAAGUCCUAAGGCGUGUGAAACACUAAGCAGCCUAGUUGAAGAAGAGACUGCAGAAAAAGAACAAGAACUGGUAGAAACUUCCAACUGUCAAUACUUUCAAAAAGAAGAAAACAAAAAUGAGCAACUGUUGAAAAAAGUGGAAGACAUAUUUGAAUCUGGAAAUCAUGAAGCUGGGAGAGGUGAUGAACAUUCAUCUGCUGUCCAACAAGAGGUUUUAACUAUGCAAGAGGAGGGCUCUGACUCAGCCUUCCUACAAGCUGAAAGCUUGGAAGGCCUGAAAGUGCCUGUGCCUGUAGCAGCUGCAGCAGUUGAAGAGCAUGUCAUGGCAGAAACCAUAACACCUGCAGACAAAACAGCUGACACCGCACAGCCCUUGGCAACCACACCAGAGCAAAUGACUUCUGAAGAGGUCCCAGUUACUACUGUUGAGUAUUCAGACUGUGGGACUACAGAGCUUCAAAGUGCAGGAGCACCUGAGCCUCAAGUGACUCUUGCUUCCAUGAAUGGAAUAUCAGAAGAACCAGAGAGCCCUCAAAGUACAGGGCAAACCGAACAAAAUGGUAUUGCUCUAAGUGACAGUCUGUCUGUCACCCACAUAGAAUUUGAGAAGGAUGUGACUAUAGAGUCCCAGAGUACGAAAAUUGUAUUGAAUGCCAUCCAGACAGCUGUUGACAAACUUGCAGAGACGGAAGAGUCAACUGCCUUUGAGUCAGAGCAGCGCAUGAAGUCCAUAGGGGAAGGCCCAUCAGAUGCAAACACACCUGAAUUUCUGGGAAGUACACAGAUAGAUCAUCAACUUCCAAUAAAACAGAAAGAGAUGCAGAAUAAAGAACAAGAGCUCCAGCAAUCAGGAAUAGUGAAAACUGCUACUUUAACAGAGUCUGCAGAAAUUCAUACAAUAGUAGAAAAAAUGAAAGAUGUGCUGUUAACUUCUGAGAUGCUGCAAGAUGGACAGAGUCAGAAUUCUUUAACAAUUGUGACUAGCCCUGAAGACAUUUCAAAGGAAGGUGUGAGACUUCAGAAAACAGCACUAGAACUAAGUGCUUCAAAAGAUUCAACCAAAGACCCCCUAGACACACACCCACCAAAAUUAAGGGAAAAAGAGGUUGGGCGGAUUAUGGAAAUCCCAGGCCAACAUAGAGAUCAGCAAACAUGCAGAGAAAGUGAGGAAGAGCAGCAUCACCUGCUAGUGGAAGAUGGGAAAACACAGACAUGGGAGGAUGAUGGUUGCCAAGAAGGAGCAUCUUGUGAUAGUCCACAAAGUCAGAAUGCAGUGGCUUCUGAGGCCUUGAAUAUGUGCUAAGCAUCCGUAUGGCAUUUGGAGAGAUGCCAGUCCUAGAGAACAGCUGACAAUCCUGCGACAGAACCAGGAGCUUUAUUCACUACCCUUUAUUCUUGGAUGUUAACAUCUGCUCUUUGAAGACCUCACCUUUUUUGUAAUUUCUACUAAGAAACAAUGCCUUUAAUGUUGGCUAUAUCCACUUGUGCAUUCCAGUCAAAAGUUAUUUGCCUCUGCCCAGAAUACACCAUUUAGACUGGAGAUGCACAACUGAGUGAAUGGACAGACACUAAAAUUCGUGCCACAGUUACUUCUCUCCCCUCACUUAACGUGUGUCCUGUCUGUCCCAUCUCCUUGAGCCCCUUCACUCAUACCUGAAUCCACCAGCCUUCUUUCUGCAGUCUCCCUUACCCCCCACACCUUCCGUAGCUGCCUUGAUUUGACCUGUGAGUGGCCACAGAUGCUGCUCAACUUGUGUGUGAGGGGGAAGAGGAGAGCUGACUGGUGGGAACACUUGAGACUUCUGGCUGAGUAGCAGACAUGUCUUUAUCAAACGGCAGGAACUGGAUCACACACAGAUUCUUGAGCAAGAUGCCUAUGGUUGCUGCCUUUCAGUCCCAUUCAGGUAUCUAUCCAUCUUUAAGUUGUAUUUGUGCAGGCCUGAUUUAGUCAAAUUACGGUGUAGUUUGAAUGGUGAGUGAAAAUACCAUUCUUCAGUUGUUCCAGACUUCAGGUCUCAGGACUGGAUUGUAAUGUGUUAAUAUUUAUGUGUAUGUCUUAACCCCAGUUCUGAUUUUAAUGUAGAGCUAUGAUACUUCUGUACUAUUUAGGCAUACCCUCAAAUGAAUUUUGUGGAGUGGCCUGGAGAGGAAAUGGAUGCCCUUGGAGCGGAAAUGGAUAACAUGUAGUUUCCUAUUUAUUGUUCCAGGUUUUUCCCCUUGUAAAAUCUCUCAAAAACUUGGCUGUCUUGCUUUGAAUAUUUAUAUGUAUAUCCUAAACCCAGUUCUGAUUUUCAUGUAGAACUAUGAUAUUUCUAAAGACAAAAGGAGAGCCUGACCUAUGUCAGAUCCACCAACCACUUCUACUUGCAGUCCUCCCUGUUUUUUGAGAACCCACCAGACUUAACAGUUCCCUCCUCUCUUGCUCAUGUAGUACCACAACCCUCAAGUCACAGCCCUGUCAUUCCAGUCUGCUCAUUUCUGGUCACUGCCCCAUCCAACCACAAGUCUUUACUCACAACCUACACCAUCUAACAUCCUACCUGCAUGUCAGCUUUCUCCUUUCUCAGGCCCUGCCUGAACCUCUUUCCCACUACAGCAUUUCCUGAAAUCCUUCCAGCUCCCAUCAAUGCCCUGUCCUCACUGAGGGAGGAGUAGGAAGAAGGGUAAGAACUUGGUGAUGAAUUCUGCCUUGGAUUGUUCAUGAGACCUUUGGGGUGCUGAGAUCUUAAAAACCUUCACUUCGGGUUCACUUCAGACUGCCAGAAGCUUAUACCGGAAUGAGCAGGGUGGUUUAAUGAUGGAAAGAGGCCCCAGGACUGUCUGACCCAACAGGAGUUGGUCCUCUCUUCUGUUUACAUUAAAAUCAAACAUGGGGUACAAGUCCGUACUUUCAGCUCUGAUGUCUAAAGUGAAGGUUACAGAUCGCACUUUGUGAAACCGAUGCCCAUCAAGUUGAACAAUAGCUCACUAUCCUACCUGUAUAGUAAUUUAUUUUAAAAUCAACUUUUAGUGUACAAAUGCUCUUAUUAUGGCAGGUGCUUACCUCUCCUUGGGGCUGCACGUACAGCAAGCAAUGUGACUGAUUGCACUGGUGUGAUUGCACCAUCUGGUGCUGCCCUGCGUGGAAGCAUCAAAAGAUUUUUCCUUACCUCAGAGCAAAUUACAUAAAUAUUUAAAGCCAAACAAUGUGGUUUCAAACAAUCCUGUCUGUCUCUGUCCAUCGUUAGUGGCAGCUUUCCCCCUUAGCUUUGGGUAAUUCCAAUAGCCUUGGUUGGUUUCCACAGGUUUAAGUUGGCUUGAAAGUUAGUCAUGCUCUUAAUAACACCUCACAAGUGCAAACUUGGCUGAACUUGUACAAAUUGUAUACCUAUGUACGUUAAGCCAUAUUGCAAUAACUGCAGCAGGUAAAAUUAAAUAACAAUAGCAUGACCUGUGUAAUCCCAAUUCUUAUGUUUGUAGCUCUGAAGCUGUUAAUAAUAAUGUAAAGUUAAUUCCUAUCUGAACCUCAUUUAAAUAAAGCUAGCUUUACAACAAUGUAAAUUGUAUGUUGGUAAUAACUGGACAGGCAAGUGCUUAAACUUGCCUGUUUUCUACAUUAAUCCAGGGCCUAGGUAAGGAAUGCAACAAACUUAACUAUAGAACAAAUACAAAAGCUGCUUCUUAUAACUGACAGCUAAAAACUAGUGCACUCAAAACCACGCUAAUGGUGCAAGGAGCAUGCCUCCACAUAAAGAUACUACUUUGUCCCAGCAUAUUGCUUUGGCCUCUGAAACUCUCAUUUGAGACUGUGACUUCUGGCUUGUGCUUAAAAGCUUGAAGCUUUCUCUAAUCCAAUGUACUGGGUUACCAAAUUUGAUUUUGUGUUUUUAAGGUAGAUUUUCAUUGAUUAAAUAAAAUACACUACAAAUUUGUUCUUA